GUCGGCCAAGUUUGAAGUUGUACAAGUGUCAAGUGCCGAAGUACCCACUCAUCAGUAUUCAGCCAACAGACGGCAGUAGUGUUGCACUUGCGUCUUGCAAUACGCCAAUAUCUGUUUUGCGUCCUAUUCUACUGUUUUACCUUGCCUAUUGUAUUUCAGUAAUACAUCUACUUAUUACGAUUUAAUAAUUUAAAAUUAUUUUAAUAUUUCAUAGUGACAGAUUACAUCUUAGUUAUCAAAGCGUUUUACAUUAAUUUAAGCUUAAAUUUGUAAUAUUUAUAAUUGUUUAUAAUACUUAUACAUUAAUAUUAUAUUAAAUACUUACUACAUUCAGUUUAAAAUGGGUAAACAAGAAAAUAUUUUUUUGUUUGUGCCAAAUUUAAUUGGAUAUGCCAGAAUAAUUCUAGCAGUUGUUUCAAUUUACUUUAUGCCAACCAAUUACAAAGUUGCAUGCAGUUGUUAUGUGAUAAGUGCAUUAUUGGAUGCUUUUGAUGGGCAUGCAGCUCGAGCAUUUAACCAAAGUACUAAGUUUGGAGCUAUACUGGAUCAACUAACUGACCGCUGUGGAACAAUGAGCUUAUGUAUUGCGCUGUCUAAUUUUUAUCCAAAAUAUAUGUUUUUGUUCCAACUUAGCUGUAUCAUUGAUAUUGCUUGUCACUGGAUCUAUUUACACUCAUCAAUUUUGCAAGGUAAAACUAGUCAUAAAUUUGUAGAUAUGUCUGGAAAUCCCAUCAUGAAGUGGUAUUAUACAUCAAAACCCGUACUGUUUUUUAUGUGUGCAGGAAAUGAACUAUUUUUUGCAUCAUUAUAUUUAUGUCAUUUUAUUACAGGACCAAUGAUUGCAGGUCAUGGUUUAUUUAAGUUAUUGUGCUGGUUUUCAAGUCCAAUAAUGUUUGUUAAAACAUUAAUAUCAUUAAUUCAUUGUUAUGUGGCUAGUAUAAAUUUGUCCAUUAUUGAUAUGAAUGAGCGUCAAGAAAAACAAUAGGUUGUUAAUAUAUAUAAAUAUAUAUACGAAAAAAAUUAUGAUAUAGUUUAAACAUUAAUACACAAGUGUGUUAUAUUUUUAAGCAUUCCAUUAUCAUAAUACUACUCUAUUUAUUGGUUCCUUUUAUUGUAGAAGUUCAGAUAUUACGUACUUAUAAAUUAUUAAAAUGUUUGGUUUCUAGUCAUUAUUUUAAAUGUAUUAACAUUACAUUUAUAUAUUAUAAUUCUUUUUUAAACGUAAAUAUCAGUUUAUAUGACGUAUACUUAUUUUAUUUUUAAAUAGUGGAAUCUGUUCUAUUCUAUUGACAAUUAUUACAUAUUUUACUGAAAAUUAUUUCCAUUAUUAAUAAAUAAUUUUAGUUAAUAUUUGUUCUUGUUGUGACUCAAAUAAAUAAAUAUACUAAUAUUAUUUAAACAAAAAUUACAUUUUAGUUCUAGUUUAA